AUGGUGGCUUGUUAUCCAGGCAAUGGAACGGGAUAUGUGCGCCAUGUGGAUAAUCCAAAUGGAGAUGGAAGAUGUGUUACGUGUAUAUAUUAUCUUAAUAAAGACUGGGAUGCCAAGGUAAGUGGAGGCAUCCUUCGGAUAUUUCCAGAAGGUAAAGCCCAAUUUGCUGAUAUUGAACCCAAAUUUGAUAGACUGCUAUUCUUCUGGUCUGAUCGCCGCAACCCUCAUGAAGUACAGCCAGCAUUUGCUACAAGGUACGCAAUAACAGUGUGGUAUUUUGAUGCAGAUGAAAGAGCACGAGCUAAAGUAAAAUAUCUGACAGGUGAAAAAGGUGUGAGGGUUGAACUUAAUAAACCUUCUGACUCCGUUGGGAAAGAUGUUUUAUAAGCCUUUGAUUUAGCAACUCCCCUUGCUAUUCUCCCUGAUAAAUCUUGAUGCUAUCUAUUAACUUCUGAAUGUGAAUAACAAGAUAAAGGAAAAUCAACAACAAAACAACAUUUUAAUAAAGAAGCAAACAAGUGUUUCAAUGUUGCAUCAAAUAGAAGGUUCUUUGACUGCUGAAGCGUUGUACUAUGUGAUUGUGACUCCAGGCCUGUGACUGCUUAUGUGAAGAAGAUAAGCAAUCAGUAAGAAACAGCGUAUGCAUCUGGACAUAAAUAAGUGCCCUACAUAGAAUUUGUCCAUCCUUAUAUUUUGCCAGACCUGUCAUCCAGCUAAAUCCAAUUCAUCUCUCCCUUUUUUUAUAUGGUAAAAGUUUGAAUUUUGGGUAAUUUUUGUAUGACCAGGUACAGUUUAUCAAAAUUGAGUCUUAAAAAAAAAAAAAAAAAAAAGAAAAACUGAAAAAAAAAAAAAGAAAAAAAAAAGAAAAAA